UUAAAUCGCAAAUCGAACCAAACCCUAGCUUCUCCUCUUCCACCCCGGAUCCCCAUCCGGCGACUCGCCGGAACCCUGCCCCCCGGAUCCACCCUCCCCGCCGCGCCAGCCAUGGGCCUCCGGGACAACCUCCCUCCGGCCAAGAAGUCGGCGUCCACCUACUACGACCACAGCAGCGACCCGUGGUUCAAGGAGCGGUACGGCGACGAGGCCGCGGAGGACGACGCCGGGAAGCCGACGGGCCCCGGCAAGUUCGUGCCGCCCUACGGCAAGCGCACCGGCUUCGUGCCCCGUCGCCCCGAGGACUUCGGCGAUGGCGGCGCCUUCCCCGAGAUCCUCGUCGCGCAGUACCCGCUCGGCAUGGGCCGCCGCGACGACAAGGGCGGCUCCAAGAUCCUCGCGCUCACCGUCGACGCGCGCGGCAGCGUCGCCUUCGACGCCGUCGUCAAGCAGGGCGAGAACGCCUCCAAGAUCGUCUACUCCAAGCACAGCGACAUCGUGCCCAAGAUCGCCACCGCCGACUCCGAGGCCCUCGAGGACGAGGAGUACGAGAAGCUGGUCGAGGAGACCACCGACCGGACCAAGGCCGCCCUCGAGAAGAUUGUCAACGUCCGCCUCUCCGCCGCGCAGCCCAAGAACGUGCCCACGCACGAUUCGGGGUCAAAGUUCAUCAAGUAUAAGCCGUCGCAGCAGUCGGCGGCGUUCAAUUCGGGUGCUAAGGAGAGGAUUAUUAGGAUGUCGGAGAUGGCGUCGGAUCCUCUCGACCCGCCAAAGUUCAAGCAUAAGCGAGUGCCCCGUGCGUCUGGGUCGCCCCCUGUGCCGGUGAUGCACUCGCCGCCACGGCCAGUGACAGUCAAGGAUCAGCAGGACUGGAAGAUCCCACCUUGCAUCUCAAAUUGGAAGAAUCCCAAGGGGUACACAAUUCCGCUGGAUAAGAGGCUGGCAGCUGAUGGCAGGGGUCUGCAGGAGGUUCAGAUUAAUGACAACUUUGCAAAGCUUUCGGAAUCACUCUAUGUUGCAGAGCAGAAGGCCAGGGAAGCAGUGCAGAUGCGCUCCAAGGUGCAGAGGGAGCUAAUGCUCAAGGAGAAGGAGAGGAAGGAGCAAGAGCUGAGGGCACUUGCACAGAAGGCGCGCAUGGAAAGGUCUGGUGCUCCACCUCCAUCUGUCGCUGCGCCUGCUGCAGGUGGAAGGGAGAGGGAGAGGGUUGAUGACGGGGAUGCGGAUAUGGAUUUGGAGCAACCACGUGAGCAGCGCAGGGAGACUAGAGAAGAGAGGGAGGCGAGGAUUGAGCGUGACAGGAUCCGCGAGGAGCGCAAACGUGAGAGGGAGAGGGAGAGGAGGCUGGAGGCCAAGGAUGCUGCAAUGGGUAAAAAGAGUAAGCUCACUAGAGACAGGGACCGCGACGUGAGUGAGAAGAUUGCCCUGGGUAUGGCAAGCACCAAUGCUGCCAAGGGCGGGGAAGUCAUGUAUGACCAGAGGCUCUUUAACCAGGACAAGGGAAUGAACUCUGGCUUCGCUGGUGAUGAUGAGUACAACAUCUACACCAAGGGGCUGUUCAACGGACAGUCCGGCAUGUCCCAGCUUUACAGGCCCACGAAGGAUGGUGAUUCUGAAGUAUAUGGUGGUGAUGCUGAUGAACAGUUGGACAAGGUUAUGAAGACCGAGAGGUUCAAGCCUGACAAGGCAUUUUCUGGUGCUUCGGAGAGGUCUGGCAAAAGAGACAGACCCGUGGAGUUUGAUAAGCAAGAGGAGAACGAUCCAUUCGGUCUUGAUCAGUUCUUGACUGAGGUGAAGAAAGGAAAGAAAGCUGUGGACAAGAUUGGAGGCGGAGGAACCAUGAAGGCAAGUGGUGGGUCCUCGAAUAGGGAUGAUUACGAUGGUGGAUCUGGGAGGUCUCGCAUUAACUUUGAAAGAGGAGGCCGCUGAGGUAUAUGCAAUGCAUGUUAUCUUCCGUGAUUUGCAGGUUCUCAGUGCAUUUUCCAAUAUCAUCCUGAAGAAUUUCCUUCAAGAAUGUGAACUUUCUUGCAUAAGUAAGUACCUGAUGUUUAAGAUACCGCCAUACAUCAUCUGCUUAUUAUAUUUUCGGCGCGCUUGUUGAACAGUGUAUCUACUUGGAUCCUGUGAUGCUUGUAUGUUGUAUAUCUUUUUGUGGCAGGAUCCAUGAACUAGGUUGUUUACAUAUGCCAUAGGCUCUUCCAUGCCCUGUAAACUUUAAAGUUGUAUCAGAUCGCGAUAUAUCUUGUUGAAAUGGAUAUGUUCCACAAA